AAGAGGAGGAGGAGGAGGAGGAGGAGGACAUCAGACACAUCAGAAGAACUGAACUCCACUGAAGUUCCGAUAAAAUAAGGGCGAGGACAGAGGAGGACGGAGACGACGGCAGAACGAAGAAGAAGAGCGUCUUCAGCAGUGAGUGAUCUGAAAACGAUGAUGAGUGAGUGAAAGAGGAUCUGACGGAGCAGCCCCAGAAGGUUAUGUCACUGUGGGCCUAUUGUCUGGAGCAGCAGAUCCAGUUACAGCGUCCACGCCUGUCAGCAGGUGUCAGGGACGGACGGACGCACAUGGACACACACAUGCAUCAUACACACAGGACGGAACACACACACAGGCAUCAGCAGGUCCACCAGGUCCACCAGGUCCACCCAGGUCCACCAGGUCCACCAGGUCCACCAGGUCCACGUGGACAGAAGAGGACGCUGGUCUUCAGUGUGGACGUCUGUUUGUCUGUAAACCAGGACAGGAGGACAUGACUGUGUCCUCCAGGGAUCAGCUCUGAAGAACUCAGCUGGACUGAAGGACCAGGAUGCCGGUGCCCGUGGUCUCCUACCAGGACCAGAACUUCUACAGUCUGAGGAGGUCCUGCCGCCGCCGAGGAGCCCUGUUCAAAGACCCCCUAUUCCCCCCCACGGCCCAGUCCCUGUUCUACAAGAGGGACCCACCGCCGGGCCUGACCUGGAAGAGGCCCAGGGAGAUCUGUAAAGACCCUCGGCUGUUUGUGGACGGCAUCAGCACCCGUGACCUGCACCAGGGGAGUCUGGGAAACUGUUGGAUGGUCGCCGCCAUCUCCUGCCUCGCAUCUGAACCGACGCUGUGGAAGAAGGUCAUCCCUGACCACGUGGACCAGGAGUGGAACCCUAAGCGUCUGGACCUGUACGCCGGUAUCUUCCAUUUCCGCUUCUGGCGUCUGGGUCGAUGGUUGGACGUGGUGGUGGACGACCGUCUGCCCGUCAGCGCCGACGGCGUCCUGCUCUUCUGCCGCUCGGCCACGCCCAGGGAGUUCUGGAGCGCGCUCCUGGAGAAGGCCUACGCCAAGCUCAACGGCUGCUACGAAGCCCUGGAGGGAGGGAACACCGCCGAGGCCCUGGUGGACUUCACCGGGGGGGUUUCAGAGCCCCUCAGUCUGGACCGCCAGGUCCUGGACCAGCACGCAGACCACAGGAGGACGCUGUUUCAGACACUGGCCAAGGCCCACGAACGCAAAGCUCUGAUCACCUGCUCCAUACGGCCAGCAGAGGGUGAGGUGGUGGAGUCGGUGUUGGAUUGCGGUCUGGUGCGAGGCCACGCCUACGGGAUCACGGCGGUGAAGAAGCUGCGUGCGUCUGAGUCCUCGCUGCAGAACGGCGUUUCCCGCCUGCUCAUGGUGCGAAUGAGGAACCCCUGGGGGAGCACGGACUGGACGGGGGCCUGGAGCCAGAGGUCGCAGCAGUGGCAGCAGAUGGGCCGAACACAGAGGGACAGCGUGGGCCUGGUGGUCCGAGACGUCGGAGAGUUCUGGAUGGCCUUUGAGGACUUCUGCCGUUACUUCACUGACGUGGUGCUGUGUCAUCUGGUGGAGGGGCCGGUGUUGUGGCCCGGGUCCCAUUGGAGGGAGGUGUUCUGUUACGGAGACUGGGCCCCGGCCCCGCCCAGCACCGCUGGACCUCCCACCAAACACUCCAUGACCCCGGGAAAGAAAAUCACCGCAACUGGACCGACCAAACAACAACAACAACAGCAGCGCGGAAACCGAAAGGAGGCGCAACUCUGGGAGAGUCAACGGGGCCGAACCAAAGAGGGGAAUUCUGGGAAAAAAGACAAGACCGUCCAAGCAACAGCAGAGGAUGACGUCGAGGUCCGGCUCAGCGGAGUCUGGGAGGUCCAGGUGGACCGGAGGAGUCGAUGUGGAGGGUGCAUCAACCACAGGGACACCUUCCUGCACAAUCCACAGUUUAUGUUUGACGUGAGAAGAAAAGAGGAGGAGGUUCUGAUGUGUCUUCAGCAGGAGGACCGAAGGAUUCGGAGGAAGGACGGAGACGGGGAGAACCUGCCCAUCGGGUUUGAGGUUCUGAGGGUGGAGGUGAACCGCUGUACUCGGGUUCACUGCGUGGUGGAACAGGCCUCCAGCUCCGUCUACAUGGACUCUCGGAGCGUGACGCUCAGGGCAGAGUUGGCGCCGGGUCGCUACGUCGUCGUGCCAACCACCUUCCUGCCUGGCGCCAAAGGUCACUUCCUGCUACGACUCUUCUCCCAUUCCCACAUCGAGCUCAGGGAGCUGCUGGAGGACUUACCCCCCCCUUCGGCGUUCCAGUGUUUUCUACCUCAGCCCGCCGUCGUCACCACCGUUCACCUGCGCAGAGCGUCUGGACUCCGCCCCAAACGGCCUGCUCCAGACGUCUACGCCAUCCUCCGAUGUGAAGACGCCGUCAUAAAGACGCCGGUGUUUAAGUCGGACGGAAACCCUGAGUUUAACAUCCGAACCAUCUUCUACAGACGAGACCCUCAGACGCACAUCUGCAUCGAGGUCUGGACCAGAGGUUUUCUGUGGGACUCUGUUCUGGGCGAAGCUCGACUCCAGACCGCCGAGUCCGAGAGGGGGCGGAGUCACGUGAUGGACCUACGAGGCGGCCGAUCCCGUUCCGGAUCCAGAGGUUGUGUUUACGUGGAGACGUCGUCCAGCGUCUGCCUCGAGGAUUUAUGACGACGCAUCAUGUGAUCCAAAUCCGAACAAACGCAGGUUUUAUCGGAUUUACCCGAAACUACGCAAAUGUACGAUGACAGCGUCCAUGUUUUCCCAGAGGAUCCAGUUCAGACCUGGUGAGGUUAUUGAACACGUUCACAGUUGGUCUGGAUGUACUAUGGCCCCGCCCACAACGACUCACAGAAAGGAUUAUUAUGGGAUGGAAGUCAGUGGUCUUCAGGUGCCUUUUGGUCCAUUUUAUGACAGUCGGUCCCCAGUUUGUACCUGAAAUAAACAUCAGUUCGUGUGUGAGGUGCUUUUUUUUGUCGUAUUUGUGCAUCAGUUUGGUCCAUUUUAUUACAGUCGGCCCCCACUUUGCACUUUAAAUAAACACGAGUUCGUAUGUGUGUGUGACACUGACAUCAUUUCUUUUUUUCAUUUCUUUUUUCUAUAGAUUUCAGCCAUUUUCUAUAAAUUGCUUAUUUAUUUUUUUAGUUGUUUUUUUCUGAACGUCUGAACGCAUUUGUUUUUGCUUUUGUAUUUUUGGAUACAAACUAUUAAAGGCGUGU